AUGCUAUCAUAUCGACGCUGCCCAUCCGGUGACGUUGAAUCGAGGCGGGCGUCGCGGUCGCUACCGAGGCGCAUAGUCCAUACCAGUGUAGAACUUGCCCCACCCUCCAGGUUCCGCGGAACGCGCAAUAUGAACACCAAGCGGGAUUUCCUAUCCAUAACCGACAUAUCACCCGCUGAGACCCGCCGGCUGAUUGGCCGAGCACAGGAGUUGAAAGCGGCGCCGGCGGGGAGCGCUACGCCGCUGGCCGGCAAGCGGGUCGCGCUGCUGUUCGAAAAACCUUCGCUCCGGACUCGGGUCAGUUUCCAGAUCGGCAUCGCGGAGCUCGGCGGCUUCAGUCUCUAUAUGGGACAGGACGAGGUGGGUCUGGGACGGCGCGAGCCGGUGUCCGACGUCGCGCGCGUUUUGAGCGGGUACGUAGACUGCAUCGUGGCCCGUGUCAACUCCCACGACUCGCUGGUCGGAUUGGCGGAGUACGGCGGCGUACCGGUGAUAAACGCCCUUUCCGACUUGGAGCAUCCGUGUCAAACCAUGGCCGAUCUGCUGACCAUCGCGGAGACCCAUGGGAAAACCGACGGGCUGAAUCUCGCCUACAUCGGCGAUGGAAACAACGUGGCGCGUAGCCUCUGCCUGGGCGCGCCAGCCGUCGGCAUGAACUUCGCCAUCGCGGCUCCGCAUGGCUACCAGCUUGAGGAGCCGACCUUCGACGCGGCGAGCGAACGGGGAGCGCGUGCGGACGGCGGCCCACGCCCGACGGCCGACGCCGUCAGCGACGCCAACGUGGUGUAUACCGACGUUUGGACCAGCAUGGGCGACGAGGCGGAAACGGCAGAACGCAUCCGGGCCUUCCAGGGCUACACCGUGGACGGGGCGCUGAUGGCCCAGGCGGCCGCCGGCGCAUGCUUCAUGCACGAUAUGCCAGCCCACUACGGCGAAGAGGUGCCUCCCGGUAUGCUGGAACACCCGCAGUCGGUGGCGUACCAGCAGGCGCACAACCGAUUACACGCCCAGAAAGCGGUGCUGGAAUUCCUGCUGGCGUGA